AUGGAAAGAUUGACUUGGCCAAACAUCGAUGACUUCUGUCGUGAGUGUAUGAUGUUAGAUGACCCCAGAGAUGCGUUAAUAAUCAAUCGUCAGACUCCAGGACGCCGCCGCAUUGCUAAUCUCGUCGAACAGUAUUUGGAUUCGGAUCCCAGGCUUCAAUCGAGUGAGAUACAAACUCUUGCCAAAGGUAUGCCCAUGCUUACCGAAGGUCAAGAAUCUGAAGUGUUGAAUCUUCGCUUGUUUAAUGCGGGAGCCUUUGAAAUUCUUUCCGAGCAAAGCAUUACCAGACUCAAUCAUUUUGUCAAUGAGCAUUUAAUGCCCUAUUUUUGGUUCGCAGUAACGCGCCGUCAUCCUCCACUAUUUAUCGAAAGAUUGGUGUAUGUGCGUCUUCGACACAUCUUGUUGCUGAAUAUUGGAAUGCGUCUCACAAAGCAUAGUCUAACAAUGACCGAAAUGCACAUUGCGAUGGACUUUGAAAGACCUGUUCAGACUCUUUCCCCGAACGAGAUCCCACUUCGUGAUUCUGACGAAUGUGGCAUUUGUCGAACUCCCCUCCACGAAACGGAUGAGUGA